AAAUGCAUGAAUUGUGAUUUAUCUGCUCAGUUGAGCUUUCUAACCUUUCAUCAAGCAGCCUAAUUUGCAAUAAGUUGUUUCACUCUCUGGACUACUUUUAUGUUGAUUUCUACUGAGAGUGGGGUAGCCUCUCCAUCUUCUGAUAUAUUAUCAUUGGUACCACUUUCUGUAUUGUGUCAACCUUGGCUUGCGCAGAGCUGCAACUCCUCACUGCUAUCAAAGACUGAGUUUCUGAUUUUGCUGUAUGGAUGAAAAUUGCUCAUUUCUGGGAGAGUUACUCAGGUAGGCUUGCAGCAGAUACUGCAGUGAUGUUCCCACCUCCUUGUCCCAUCUUAUGUCUUUCCCUGUCUUUCUGUCUGUUGUGCUGUUAGUGGGGCAACCAUUUUGUUCACAUUUAAAUUACAGAUUGUGAUUUAGAAUGUGAACAUGUAAACACAAAAAAAUAAAUAAAGCUUUUUUUAAAAAAAAUGCAAUGGAACUGUCAAGAUCAAAGGACCAUACAAGUGAACCUUCAUGAAUCAAAGGAUCAAAGGACAACUUCCAUUCUAUGGUCUCUAUAUAAGGAGCAGCUGUUCAGACAGUCAGAUCAUUUUAGUGCCUUUAGCAGGUGACCACUGUGAUAAAGCGACAUUCAACAAAAGAAAAUCUUUCCUAGCAGACAAGUGCUACUGGAAACAACAAUCAAAGAAAAUGCCCGGAAUGAAGAACACAAGAGGGUUCCACAGGAACACUGGGAUGAGUCUAAUAAGCAGGUCUCGUCAGAUCAGCUGUUCAUAUCAACAGAACAAGGCAAUGGAAAAUACCCAACAGUUCAACAAGAAAAAAAUACAGUUCAAAGGACAAGAGUCCCUGACAGUGAAAAUAAACAAUAGAACAGCAGGAAAGAGAGAGCCAAAGAGACAGUUGGCAUACAAUGAUCCUCACACUGCAGGCGCUGCAAAUAUAUCUCAAGUUCACGCCCUUCAGCGUGAACUUGAGAAGGUGAGGCAACAGAAUGCAGUCCUGCACAAAACACAUGAGGAGCUGCAAGCAGCACACACCGACAGCCAGAAGACGUUCUCAGCUGAACUCCAGGAGGAGAGGGAGAAAAACAGGCUUCUCCAAGAAGAACUGGAGAAGAUCAAAGUUUCAUACCAAGAGAUCAGCCAAAGAUAUGAAACUGAGAAUGUCAGUGUCAGACAACAAGCUGGUACCCUUCAGUGUGAAUUUGAGAAGGCAUGCCAGGAGAAGAUGAUCCUUCUAAAACAUUGCGAGGAGCUGCAAGAGACACACAGACGCAGCAUGGAGACAAUCACUGCUGAUCUCCAGAUGGAGAGGGAAAACAAAGUGCUUCUUCAGAAAGAACUAGACAAAAUCAAACUUUCAUACCAUGAGAACCACCUGAGGUAUGAAACUGAGGUUGCCAAUGUCAGACAGCAGGCUGAUACUCUUCAUCAGGAGCUACAGAGGGAGAACCAAAAGAGGACAGUCCUACAAAAAGAAUAUGAGGAGCUGCAAGCAGCACACAUCCACAUCCAGGAGACGUCCUCAGCUGAGCUCCAGGAGAAAAAAAAGCAUCUCCAAGAAGAACUGGAGAAGAUCAGAGAUUCAUGCCAAGAGAUCUGCCAAAGGUAUGAAACUGAGAACGUCAGUGUCAGACAGCAGGCUGGUACCCUUCAGUGUGAACUUGAGAAGGCAUGCCAGGAGAAGAUGAUCCUUCUAAAACAUUGCGAGGAGCUGCAAGAGACACACAGACACAGCGUGGAGACAAUCACUGCUGAUCUCCAGAUGGAGAGGGAAAACAAAGUGCUUCUUCAGAAAGAACUAGACAAAAUCAAACUUUCAUACAAUGAGAACCACCUGAGGUAUGAAACUGAUGUCCUCACUGCCAGACAGCAUGUUGACACCCUUCAGCUCCAGCUUGACAAGGAAAUCAAGUCUCACUCAAACACAGUGUCGGAGGCCUGGAGUGUGGUUAACAAGCUGAGUGCUGACAAGGAAACCCUCUGUCAAAAGAUAGUGGAGCUUGAGGAGAUAGACUCCCGGCCUCCAAGAAAAAUCGCCAGACGGAUGGAGAAGCAUGAGGAUGAGCCCCGCCCUGCAUCUGCUACGGACCCAUUGAAAGAAGUUAAAGUCCCUGAGGAGCUGUGGAGCAAGCAAAAGAAGUACAUCUUUGAUGCACCAGCCUUCAAAGUCCAGGAGGAGGCAUUCAGCCCUCAGCCACUUCACAUCCCAUCUGCAGACAUGGGCUCCCCCUCUCCGGUCCCCAGCACCCCUCCUCUCUGCUCGAGCCUGUCUGUCACAGCCUCGCAGGUGAGGAAUCAGCUGAGGAAACUGAAGGUGAGGAAGGCAGCAGGUCCAGACGGCAUCAGUCCCAGGCUCUUGAGAUCCUGCGCUGACCUGCUGUGUGGAAUCUUCCAGCACAUGUUCAACCUGAGCCUGUCGCUGGCCAGAGUCCCACAGCUGUGGAAGACAUCAUGCCUGGUACCAGUGCCAAAGACCCCCCAUCCGAAGGAGCUCAGCAGUUACAGGCCAGUGACACUGACGUCUCACCUGAUGAAGACUCUGGAGAGACUCGUCCUCGCCCACCUGCGCCCGCUGGUGAGCUCAUCGAUGGACCCGCUGCAGUUUGCCUACCAGCCAGGAAUUGGAGUGGAGGAUGCCAUUAUCUACCUCCUGCACACAUCACUAUCUCACCUGGAGAGGGCUGGGAGCACUGUGAGGAUCAUGUUCUUGACUUCUCCAGUGCCUUCAACACCACUUCACCCUACUGGGAGACAAGCUGAAAUGUGCAGGAGUAGACCACCGUCUCAGUGCCUGGACUGUGGACUACCAGGCCACAGUAUGUACAACACCCCAACCUGCCACCUAAAGAAGUUCUCAGAUGUCUCUGCGAUAGUCGGCCUCAUCAUGGACGGACUUCAGCAGGCGCCAGCACACCCCACCCGCACUGAUUUCUCAUAG